AUGUGCAUCCGAAACUACAAGAUCCUCCCCACGCCUCCUACGUGCACGACUGCAGACAUCUUCUUUCCAGUGUCAUUGGUGUCUUUCCUCGACAUUAUGCGACAAGUCACUGCCACAGACCAUCUAUUCCCCGAAUUUGCGCAUCAAUCCAGACGGGCCCUAUCCCGUAACGCCAAUGUCUUCAUCUGGUGGCGAUCAAUUCGAGUCAAGGACGUGAUAAUGGCAUGCUUCAAUGACGAAGCUGUCGCUCCUCUGCCAACGGCCCCGACCUUGAUCCGCUGGUUUGAGAUGCUCACUUACUGGCGCCAUCCGCUGGCAAUAACGCCGGUUGAGCGGCUGAACUACGUGGACUGUCUCCUGUUCAAGUGUAAACUGCCUGACGAUCAACAUCCGCUCGACCACUCAACAGUGCUCACGCGUGGUGACUACGCUUGCUGCUACACCGGUCCCACAGGCAUGAUUUCUGGCGUGAUUGCUACUUCUUCCCAAACUUUCACCACCGACUGCUAUUGUCUUCCUGGAACGCUCCAGUUCGUACUAGAAAACCACGCCGCUUUGGAAGAACAGACCUCUCAGCCCAAUGCCGAAAGUUUAGGCCUCGACCUGGAGUCCCCGGACUCGAUUGUGUGUGUUAACGCCAUCUCCCCCGAGCUCCGUAACAUAACUUGCGAGAAAUUUGGCCGCAAGUGCAUUUUCACCGGAUCAACGGGCGACACGGGCGACCGUCGUGUGGGAGCUCACUGGAUCUACCCUCCCGCGGCGUACAGCAGAGCGAGUAUGGUCGGGCAUGUUGGCGUAUACCGAGACAUGGGUGCAAUGGAUUUUGACGCAGAAAAUAUGCAAAUCUCUUCGAACUUGAUCACCAUGCGCGCAGACGUCCACAGGCUUUGGCUAGCGAACGCGAUCAGCGUCGACGUUGACGACGGAUACCGAGUCAUUGUCUUCGAUAAGACUGCUCACGCUGUGACGUUUGCCGCUACGCUCGACCUCGCCGAAGAAGACCGCUUCCGUGAUGACUGCUUCCGCGAGCAUUUCCGCUACACGCUGGCCAUACACAUUGUAGGCGGGCACCUCAUCCCCUAUGACGUUUGCCAUGGAGAUGUCGAUCAGUUCCUCGACGAGGUCAAAUACGCCGCGGAUGGGGUCACUCCGAGACCUAAAGACCUCGAGCGCAAGAAAUGGAGGACCCGCAUUGGAAAGCUGGCGCUGCAGCACAUCCAGACCGUGAAUCCUGCCAUGACGCUCGAACUUCCUGAGCAUUUCAUCAAGGGCGGUAGCUUGGAGGACGAUGACACGGACGAGAGUGCGGAUGACGAGGAAGAGGAUAUUGUGACGACGGAGGACGAGUGCGAUUAG